CUUUUUUCAGAACGCUAUCAUCAAAGGAAACGCUCGACUGAAUUUCUACUAUCAGAGGUAAACAUUAGAUAUAUUCGUUCUUACCUUUAGAUUUUACAACCAGGUGUGUUUACAUUUUUCGCAUGGGGGAUUUCACGUGCUACUAAUGCGCAUGCGCAAAGGAUAACUCUAUUAGGCCCUAAUUAAGACAAGUUUUCCCCCUUUACCGGCGAAAAACAGACGACUUUUCAAAAGUCGCCAAAAAUCAUUAAAAUCCAUAAUAAUCAAUCAAUAUAAACUAAGACUUUGUAUUUUCGUCGUUUUUGACCAACAGAUCUGAAAAAUAAAAGCGAAAAAGGCAUAAAAUAGGAAAACCGCUGCUCAAUUUUUCUAACCAAGGGAGGCAACUCUGUAUAUCAUAGUCUGUACUUGUGAACAGUAGGUUGUUUCCCGUAAAGAAGGUUAUUUUUAUUCUGGGGCACCAUAUGGGGUGUUUAGGAUGAUUAACAAAAAUAAAUUAUAAAAUAAAAACGGAAUCAAUUUGAAUUUGAUCUUUAAUAUUUGUCAUGCCGAUUUUACUCACUAUAUGUUAAAAAGUCAUUUAUUCUUUUUUUAUAGAUGCCAAAAAAAUACAAUGAUGACGAUCUUAUGCAAGCCGUGUCGGCUGUUAAAAGAAAACAAUUAUCAAUAUCUAAGGCUGCACGAGAAUUUAAUGUGCCAAGAACAACCGUGCAUGACCACGUGAAAAAUCCGGAUGUUAGGACGAAAAAGGGCCCAGAAAAGCAACUGACAAAAGAGGAGACGGAUGGAUUGGUAAAUUUUGUAUUGUACAUGGCUGGACAGGGGUUUCCUCUUACAAGAAGGAUGGUGAGAUGCUAUGUUCAGGAAAUUGUGAAACGUUCAGGACGCAGUUCGCUCUUCAACUUGAGUAAAGGUCCAAGUGACGAGUGGUUCAGGAAACUGAUUGCUGAUUAUCCGCAGCUUGCGUUUCGGAAGCCGGAGAGCCGGGACAGAGGCAGAAACAGGAUGUCCAAUAAGACGGUUGCUAGUGAUUUUUUCAAAUUUUGGUCAGAUAUGUUGGAAAAGCAUAACGUCAUGGACAAACCAUCCCAGGUGUACAACUGUGAUGAGACGGGGUGGUCGGGAAAAGAGUGUGCAAGAGAGAGGGUUAUAGGGCCAAAGUCUGGUCAUGUAUUUCAACAGAAUAACAUGACAAAUGACCAUGUAACUGCCCAUUUGUGUGUGUCAGCCGAUGGGAGUUUUAUACCUACCAUGGUCAUAUUUAAAGGUGGUUUCCCGCACCGGAACUACAAAGAUGGUCUACCAGGUUCAUGGCUUUUUAGUUCCUCUGAUAGUGGGUAUAUGGAUACGGAACUAUUUCUUCAGUGGUUUGUGAAAGCAUUCGUGCCCAAUUGUGGUAAAGACCGUCCAGUGAUUCUGUUGAUGGAUAACCACGAGUCUCACAUAUCAUUACCACUUGUGGAGGCUGCUAGGAAAGAGAAUGUGGUACUUGUAGGACUGCCGUCUCAUACCACACAUUAUCUACAGCCUUUGGAUGUGAAAGUUAUAGGGCCUUUGAAAGACAAGGUAUCAAGGCUUGCGUCAAGCGUCAGCUUUUCACGUCCUGGCUGUAGCAUCGGCAAGUCACGUUUGCCUGUACUAUUAAGCUAUGCCAUAGACCAGACAGCCCCCAGCACUGUUAAGGAUGCAUUUAGAUUGGCUGGUAUAAUGCCAGUCAAUCCAGAUGCAAUUGACACCAGUCAGCUGGUACCCCCGUCUUUCCCUGUGGAAGAACGAGGAGAUAAUCCUACCAUUACAUGUGAGACAUGUGGGCAGUUUAUUGGACAAAACCCACUGGUGAAAAGAGGUGUGGUUCCUGCCUCUUUGGCCGAUAUAUUGGUACCACCACCUGCAAAACCAAUGCCUCAAAAGAAGAGACCCAGCAAGGCUGUGACAAGUGCUCGAGUUCUAUCUGGAGAUGAAAUGCUUGAAAUAUUAAAGGAACGUGAAGAUGCAGAAGUGAAAAGACUGGAAGAGAAGAAGCAGAGAGAAGAAGAUAGGGAGAUGAAGCGCAAACAGAAGAUAGCUGAAGAUGAGCUGAAAGCAGCAAAGAAACAGAAAAGAGAGACUGAGAAAAAUGAAAGGGAGCAAGAGAAGUUAAGAGAAAGAGAGAGGAAGGAGAAAUUUGGAAAGUUAGCUGAUAGGAAGUAUACGUGUGGUGUGUGUGGUGUUAGAGGAAGAGUGUUUGAUGAGCAAAAUGGUGUUGAGUGGUAUGGAUGUGAUAAUGAUUUGUGUGUUAAAACUGGUUGGUAUCAUUUCGAAUGUUUGAGUGAGAGCGAGAAGAAACUUCUGAGAGAGAGUUUGGAUGAAGAUGAUGUGCAGUGGUACUGCAAAGCCUGCUUCCCACGUUUCUAUGAGGAAGAAUGAUAAACACAAUAUAUGAAGAACUGAGAACAAAAUGAUAAACUUUAUUUCACUUGUUUAAUAUAAAACGGCAAGUUUAUGCUUAAAGUAUGUUGGAUAUUUUUAUUCAUGUUCUGUUACAAAUUGAAUUUUUUUCUUUUUAUAUGUGUUGCAGAUAACAUUUAUGCAGAAAGAAUUUAUUUAGAUAGAUAUUUCGUACUUGUAAAUUAAUGUGUUAUUCAUGAAUACAAUAAAGUUACACUCUGGGUACUAACAUACAAAAUACGGCCGUGGAAAGUAGUUAGUCUUGUUUCAAUGACCAUGAGUGAAAAUGAAUAACAAGUAUUUUUUUUCUUAUGUAUACAUGUAUCCGUAUUUAAAUUUUCUCAUCACACAUUAUAAAAUUAAUGAAAUACUAAAUAAUUUCCAAAUAAUAAACAUAUUUUUCUGAAUGUGACCCGGAAUUGUCGACGACCCGGAACUGUCGAGUUCACUGUAAUACGUAAUGAUAUUUUCGGCAAAAAAUCACUGCAUAUGUAAUAUUUAAUCUCAUCAGAAUUUCUGAAUAUUUCAUAUUAAACCCCUAUAUAAAAUAAUACUAUUUGCCUAAAUAGGUCUUUAAAAAGUCUUAUAAUAAAAUAAAUAUCGAUACCGAUUUAAAAACCCGCAAAAUAAACGAUUAAAAAAAUGUGUCGGAAACUGCUUCUUUAGCGCGUCAAUUAAGGCUAAUUUACACCUCCCGUUGGAGCCCCUUUUGUAAUGCGCAUGCGUACUUUAGGAAUCCGGUUUUUAUUUACAAUAACAAAGCGUGACCUGUACUUAGUCAUAUCAAAAGUUUAUUUAAAUUGGAGACGUGGUAUUUGGGAAAAUUUUAAAUAACCUCAUAUUUUUAUCGGAAACUGCUUCGAUACCAGUAU